AUGAAAAGAUUAUUUAGACAUGGGGACAGGACACCCGAAAAGGUCGAGAUUUACAAAACCGACCCCUACGAUCCAGACUUCUAUGAACAAUAUGGCUACGGGCAGCUGCAUAAAGCUGGCAUGGAACGGGAGCAUAAACUCGGCGAAAUGUUAAGAAAACGAUACAACGAUUUCCUCGGCGAUUACUAUGUCGACGACAUCUACGCCUACAGCACGGACUACGAUCGCACGAAGAUGUCUCUGCAGCUGGUAUUGAACGGCCUGUAUCCUCCGACUGCCAAAAUGCGUUGGAGUGCAAAUAUAGAGUGGUUCCCGAUACCUACCCACUACGAGCCUUUCGAAACCGAUUUCAUAUCGUUUGAUGUUAAUGGAAAAUGUUCACAAGAGUACAAGAAAUUAUUUACGGAAGCCGAAAAGUCACCUGAAGUAAUCAAGAAGUUUGAAGAGAACGGCGACUUUUUGGACUACGUCAGAGAUAAAACUCAAAUAAUUUCUGAACGACUUGUCCCAAUUUCAAUGAUAGCUUCGGAACUGCAAUGCGUUCGCAGUCUAGGGCUACCCUUGCCAGACUGGUGUUCCGAGAAAGAUUUCAAAAGACUUCAAGAGUUCCAAGCCUUGUAUUACGAUCUUACAGCAAAGACAGAAUUGAUGAAAAGAAUCGCAGCUGGACCUGUCAUCGAACGCUUUUUGGAUAACGUAAAAGAUUCUGAGAAGCUUGGAAACAAGAAGAAACUUUAUCUCUACGGCGCUCACGAUAUCAACGUGGGAGUUUUCACCAGAGCUCACAACUUCACGGGUAUUCCGAAAAACCCCGCUUAUGGGAGCGCUGUGAUUGUUGAAAAAUUAAGGGGCCCAGAUGAUCAAAUUUAUUUGAGAAUGCUUUAUUGGACUGGUGUAUCAGAGAAACUGAUUGCAUUAAAACUCGACAGCUGUGCACACGAAUGUCUCUUAUCAAACUAUAUAGAUAUUAUUAGUCCAGUUCUUCCUGAGAUUGGAUUUACAAAGUGUAAAACAUCAGCGUGCUGUAAAAUCAGCAGAACGUACACAAAGAAAAUCAAUCCUGACGUGAAAAUGCCCCAUUUAUUUGCGGGAGAAGAUCAGUUAUCGUUUAAAUAUGGACACGAAUUGUUGUUGUAG